UUUAAUAAUAUUUGCGCAAUUAUUACCUUUGGGUAACAUACAGCAAUAAACAAUAAAUAAUUGCUCUGUUUGAUAUUUAUUCACGAUUUUUAUUGUCAAAUCUUCAUAAAAAAAAGGAAAUCAAAGUGAAUUAUAUUAUAAAUUAGCGAAAUCCAACUACAAAAAUCGAUGAUAAAAAUGUGAGAAAAAAAAACAAUGGAAUAUUGAAUUGGUACAAGGAAUACUGUCAAAAGUCCAUAGGAUUUUAUAAUGUUUUGAAGAAAAUUUUGAUCCUUUUUUUUUGGUGAAAAGAUUCUCGAGUAUAAUUUUCAAAAAAAAAAAAUAGAAAAUUUGUCAAGGAAAAUAAAAAAAAGAAAAAUAAAAAAAGGUCUAAUUUUCCUUAAAAGUAAAAGAAAAGCAGCAAAAAAAAAAAAAAACAUGGAAAAUACUGAGGCAGAAAACGAUGUUCAACAAUCAAAUGACAAUAAUACAUUUGAUAUUACAUUAUCAUCAACACAUUCAUAUCUUGGCAAUAAUCUCGAAGAAUUACGUGGUCGUACACUUCUUGAUGAGGGGAUUUAUAUGAAUUUACCACUAUUAAUAAAACAAUCAGUUGUUUUAUUUCCCGGUCAAACACUUCCAUUAACUGUAUUCGAUAGACAAACAAUAGAAAUGCUACAGCAAUGUAUUAAUAAAAAUCGUAUAUUUGGCGUUGUUUGCCGUGGUUAUGAUAAUUUAAUAUCAAUUGGUACAACAGCUGAAAUUUAUGAAUACAUUGAAGGUUCGCCAAUGGAGGGUUUUCGUAUAAAAGCAAAGGGUCGUCAACGUUUUAAAAUUUUACACAUUACACAAGGCUAUGGUAAAUAUUCAGCAAAUGUAAAAAUAGUACCCGAAAUUAAUUUAGGUUUACCAUUAUGGGAGGCGCGUAAUCGUUCAUUAGAUAAUUUACGUCAACAAUCAAUAAUAAGGGAAAAAAUUGAACGUUACGAUUCAAUAUCAACACAAUGGCCAUCGUGGUUAAUAAAACGUUAUAAUAUCAAUAAAUUAACAGAAAAAAUUCAUAUGAAUUUAGAUUUUAUUGAAAAAAAAGGAAGUCAUAUACCAAAUGAUCCUAUUGAAUUAUCAUUUUGGGUUGGACAAAAUUUACCAUUAGUUGAUAAUAAAAGAAUUGCAUUAUUAAAUUAUGAUUGUGCAAUACCACGUUUACAAAAAGAAUUAAAUUAUCUUAUCAAGGAUCGUUGUUUUGUUUGUAAUAAAUGUAAUUUAUUUAUUGGUAAACAAUCGGAUAUGUUUCCAAUGAAUCGUGAGGGUCCACAGGGUACAUAUUGUAAUUUAGGUGGAUUUCUUUAUGAAACAGUGACACUUUAUAAGGCACAGGGUUUAAUAUUGAGUGGUAAUGAACCAUCAUCGGAAUAUUCAUGGUUUCCUGGUUAUGCAUGGACAAUUGUUACAUGUCAACAAUGUCAAAAUCAUAUGGGAUGGUUAUUUACCGCUGAGAAUAAUAAUUUACGACCAAAAUCAUUUUGGGGUUUAACAAGACGUGGUUUAAGAUCAAAAAGAAUUGGUACCAAGGAAACUGAUUAUGAGGAAUCAUUCGAUCGAAGUGAUUCUGAUACGGAUUAUGGGGGUUUUUAAGACGGGAGGGUUUUUUUUUUUUUAUUUAAAUAUUCUCAUUCAAUUAGUUUUUAGAGUGUUGUCUCAUAUAUGUAUAUGUAUAAUGAAUUAAAUACUUUUUCAAUUGUAAA